AUGAUGGUUUAUCAGAUAAGUAGUCUGAUCGAGAAUUCACAGAUAGCUGUAAUUGAGGACUCAAUGCGGGAGAUUGAACAUGAUGUCGCCACUGACAGAGGGAACUGCUUCACCUUCCAGAAGAAGGAAGGACAAUUCCGUGACCGGGCGGACUACCUGUUUAUAACGUUGGCUUCAGAUGGAGUGUGCAAAACAGAUCACAUUGGUAUGGCCGGAGAUCGACAGAGACUCUAUCUCACUGACAGCUGUAUGUUCAAAAGGGAUAUAAUGUCUCUACUAUUGCUCACAAUGGGCUUGUUCCAUGAACAUCAGAGACCAGACAGAGACCAGUACAUACAGGUACACAUGGACAACGUACAAGACGCGGCAAGACCAAUGUUUGCAAAGAUCCCAGCGAGUGAAACAGACCUUCUAGGGUUCCCGUAUGACUUCGAAUCAAUCACUCAUUUCAAUCCCUACGCCUUUGCUAAGGAUCACACAAGUCCUACAAUCAGCGCGGUUUUAUCUGGGGUCAGCUUCGGGAACACACACACGCUAAGUUAUCAUGAUGUUCUCAAAGUACAGACCCUCUACAUAUGUGGCCAUGAUACUUCGCACAUCAUUGGAAGUCCAGCCUUUGCGGUAGAUUGCAACUUUGAAAAUAUUUUGUGCAAUCUUGCCGAUGAUUACCUGGAUGAGUUCAAGUGGGUCAGACAAAGUUCACCCUUAGGUCAUAACGGUCCUGUAGCGGAUCACUCAAGUGGAAGUGGAUACUACUUAUAUGCAAACGGUACUGGACAUGCCAACCAAACAUCUCGAUUACUAUCAGCCAGAGAGAUACAACCGGGUGAGUACUGCAUCGCAAUGCACUAUUUCAUCGUUGGAAACUCUUCCGCAACCUUGACCGUGAGGAUGUAUGACUACGUCACUGACAGUGAAACUACUCUAUCCUCUAGAAGGACCAAUCACGGAAGCAAUGUGAACGGUGGCUGGUACCAAUACAGGACAUACUCCUCCAAAAUAGAUCAUAAGUGGAGAGUAUACAUCGAAGGUUAUAUCGAGAACGAGGCUGGUGGUGUAGCAAUCGAUGAUGUCCAGAUCUACCCUGGAGUCUGUUCUUAA